UCGUCACACUUUUGUCACCCAUUAAGCAUUUGCGAGGCUUUACAUGUUCCGUUUACUUUUCUAUUGCUAUAACGUUAGUUCUGAAGAACACUGUGUUAAAAAAAACUUGCGCAUGUGUAACGAUACAGCUAACCUACCAUUUAAAAUGCUGUAUUAUUGCUCAAUGUAAUUUAACUCAGCCGAGUCCGAUCGAAGAUGGUUCGAGAAACCGGUUACUACGAUCUGCUCGGUGUCAAGCCCACAGCCACACUGGACGAUCUUAAAAAGUCAUACCGCAAACUGGCGUUGAAAUAUCACCCGGAUAAAAACCCGAACGAAGGCGAGAAAUUCAAACUGAUAUCACAAGCCUAUGAGGUCCUGUCAGAUCCUAAAAAGCGAGAGCUUUAUGAUCAAGGUGGUGAGCAAGCUAUCAAAGAGGGAGGAAUGGGAGGAGGGGACUUCUCAUCUCCCAUGGACAUUUUCAACAUGUUCUUUGGUGGCGGGGGCAGCAUGCAGAGAGAAAGGAAAGGAAAGAACGUGGUUCACAAACUUGCAGUCAUGCUAGAGGAAUUAUACAAUGGCUCAACAAGAAAACUUGGUCUUCAAAAGAAUGUAAUCUGCGAGAAAUGUGAAGGGUAUGGAGGCAAGAAAGGCACACUUGAAAAAUGCACAACCUGUAAAGGAAGGGGCGUGCAGGUCCAGGUACAACAGAUUGGACCUGGGAUGAUCCAGCAGAUUCAGAGCAUGUGUUCAGACUGCCGAGGACAGGGCGAACGAUUCAAUUCCAAGGACCGCUGCAAGAACUGCAACGGACACAAAGUAGAACGCAAGAAGAAAAUUCUUGAAGUCCACAUUGACAAAGGUAUGAAGGGUGGCCAGAGAAUCACAUUCCAUGGAGAAGGAGAUCAAGAGCCAGGACUGGAGCACGGUGAUGUCAUCAUUGUUCUGGAGUUGAAACAACAUCCGGUUUUCCGAAGACAGGACAAUAACCUGAUCACAAAGAUGAAUAUCAAGCUAGUGGAGGCCCUCUGUGGGUUUAAGAAGAGUAUCCGUACGCUAGAUGACAGAACACUCAUCGUCCACUCAUCUACAGGUCGUGUAAUUAAACCAAAUGACCUAAAAUGUAUUCAUAAUGAGGGCAUGCCUGUGUACAAAGAACCUUAUGAAAAAGGUCUUCUCAUCAUACAGUUUGAGAUUGAGUUCCCAGACAAACACUGGCUACCUGAACACAUGUUGCCUGACCUGGAGAGGUUACUUCCAGUCAGAGAGCACAUCAUGCUGUCGGAUGAUACGGAAGAGGUUGACCUCUGUGAAAUAGACUACGAGAACCAAAAGGGAAGCUUCAGUGGUGAAACCAAUGAAGAGGACGAACGCCCCAGAGGUGGUGGUGUGCAGUGCCAGACUCAGUGAACACGUCAUAUUUAAUGGGAUCAUUUGCGUAGCCGUAUCUUCUUCAAACGUGACUGUAGAUGUAAACUGCAUUUUACCAUGGUUCAAUUUGGGUAAUACCAAGCAAUAUGCACAUUAAGGAUUUCCCCAAUGCUGAAGCUUUAAGCGAUGGACCACUUUCCUGCCACAAUAUUGUGCUUCGGUUUAAAGCAUCCCAUGAAGAGAAAUGUCCGCCGUUUUGCAGCUUAUCAAGAUGAGAAAUUGUUAAGUUAAUGGAAAGAUGUGUAAACCACAGAAAUGAAUUUAAUACCAACGGUAAUGUUCAUUUUUGCAUGUUAAUUAUUUUUGCAAGUAUGCAGUGUGUUUACUUUUGUUCGUUCAGAUGUGCUGUGUUCACUAUUUUUUCAAUAUAUUUGUCUUUUGUCACAAACAA